AUGAAGCAUCACAACAUUAAUGACGUUUUGAAAAAUUUUGAUAAAAAAUUAAACAAAAAUUAUAAAAUCUUAAAAGAAAUGGACAUUCAAAAUAUGCAAAAUGAAUAUGAAGAAAAAUUAAAGGAAAAAAACAAAAUUAAAAACAAGCUAAUAAACAAAAAAAAUAAAUCAAACCAAGACGAACCAAUAAAUAACGAUUCAAAUCAAAGCGAACUCGAGCAUAACCCUUUAGACCAUGAAAAUGAGCAAAACCAAGAUAGCGAAACAAAAGAAAUUACAUCAUUUAGUCAAUUAAAUAUUUGUGAAGAAAUUUUACAAAGUAUCCAAGAACUUGGAUGGGAAAAGCCAACUCUAAUUCAACAAAAAGUUUUACCACUAAUGUUUCAAAAAAGAGAUAUUAUAGGAUUGAGCGAAACGGGAAGUGGUAAAACGGCGUGUUUCAUAAUACCUAUUCUACAAGAAUUAAAAUUAAAAAAACAAAAUUUUUUUGCUUUAAUAAUAUCACCAACUAGGGAAUUAUGUAUUCAAAUAGCACAAAAUGCACAAGCAUUAGGUUCAAACUUAUUAAUAAAUAUAUGUACAAUAUUUGGAGGUGUAGAUAUAGUUACUCAGUCUUUAAAUUUAGCUAAAAAACCUAAUAUUAUUAUAAGCACACCAGGACGAAUACUUGAUCAUUUAAAUAAUACAAAAGGUUUUAAUUUAAAAAAUUUAAAAUAUUUGGUUUUUGACGAAGCUGAUAAAUUAUUAUCCCUUGAUUUUGAAUCAUCAAUAAACAAGCUUUUAUUAAUUUUGCCAAAAAAUAGAAUUACAUUUUUAUUUUCUGCAACGAUGACUAAAAGUGUAGCCAAAUUGAAAAAAACAUCUCUUAAAAAUCCAAUUAAAAUUGAAGUAUCAAAUAAAUAUAGCACAGUUAAAACAUUAAUAGAAAAUUAUAUAUUUUUACCAUUAAAAUAUAAAUACACUUAUUUAUGUAGUUUAUGUUUUUAUUAUACAAAUAAAAAUAUAAUUAUUUUCUCCAAUACUUGUGCAACUGCUCAAAAAUUAAAUUUUUUUUGUCGAAAUUUAGGAUUAAAGUCUAUUUGUUUGCAUGGAAAAUUAACACAAAAUCAACGAUUAAGUAGUUUAAAUCUUUUUAAAACAAACAAAUAUAAUAUCUUAAUUUCAACACAAGUUGGUGCACGUGGUUUAGAUUUACAAAAUAUUAAAAUUGUUAUUAAUUUUGAUUUAUGCUCAUGUAAAGAAUAUAUACAUAGAGUUGGUAGAACUGCCCGAGCUGGUAAAACUGGAAAAUCAAUAACUUUUGUAACUCAAUAUGAUGUUGAAACGUUUUUAACUAUUGAAAAACAAUUAAAUAAAAAAAUUGAUAAGUUCACUGACAUUGAUGAACAUGAUGUUUUAGUUUAUCAUAAUCAAGCCCUUGAAGCUUUAAGAUUAUCUGAAAUCGAGAUGAAAGAAAAUCAAGAAUUAUACAAAAAAAAUAAAUUUAAAAAAAAAAAAUAA